AUGGCGGGAUAUUCAUUAAUACAAUGUAUUUUGGCAACUUUUGUUCUCUUUGCGUCAACCUCACCUAACCACCUGGGGGCAACAGGGUUUACCGCAUCUCCCACAUAUACAGUCUCCCCAAGAAGCCAUCUUGGCCCUCUGUCUUCAGUAAAUGGGAGUCCAGUGAAGGAGAAAGAACAAGUUGAAGUCAAUGGUGCUUUGCCUCCGACAUCUGUCAUUGAGGAGAGCACAACAUCAUCAUCAUCAUCAUCAUCAUCAUCAUCAUCACCAAUUCAAACGGAAACAAUCAAGGCAGAUGACGAUGAAUACGAUGCUGCAACAUUCGAUAUUGUAUCUGCUCGGGCAGCACGGUGUCUCUACGAUAGUGAAGUGAAAAGAGACUCCAGAGUCAGUGAAGAACCAACGCCGUCAACCGCCACGAAUUGGAUCAAUGACGCCUCUGCCUAUGCCUUGCAAAAGGCGUUGGACAAACUCAAAAUCAAGCUUCCAGAGGAAAGAACAAGUAUUGAUCGAGAUGAGUCAUCCUCCUGGAUGCGAUGGAUGAAAUCAGCCCCAACUCCUUUGAUCGUGGAUCUUUCCGCCUCAACUCGUGAAAUUGCCAAUCAAACUAUUUCUGACGCCAGUAUUGAUCUCAUUGAUCUAACUAGGGAAGACUUUUUGUCCAGAUUGGGCUGUCGGUUGAUUCUAUUUCCAUCUGGUUCCUCCCUGUCAACACCGUUACUGGAGCCACCAGCUUCCAUGAUUUAUGGCAAGCUUUUGUACGGAGGGAUCACACGAUGUCGCCUUUUGUCUUCUAGCAACAACAGCAAAAGACCGCCUCGUAAAGCCGGGGAGCGAACGGAUAUCAAGAUGAGUCCAAGUGACAACAUUCCAGCAUGGAUCCAGUAUGGAGGAACGGAGCGAAUGUACGAGGCAGUGGAUAUCGGACCUGCUGCUAUUUUGGAGUUCAUCAUUCUCCCAAAGUCCGUGAUCACACGGGGGCUGACACUGGCGGACAUUGCCGCACCAGGUUCUGCUGGAAACGACAUGGUGGUUCAAAACCUGGCAUGGAAGCCACAACAGAUUUUUGACAUUCUUCCAGACUCGAAUAGCACCUCCGGAGCACAAUCAGCCAUUGACUCCAUGGACUUUGUCACGGGCUAUACCCCGAUUUCGCAAUCGGGAAAAGACCGGAAUGACGCCUUUGAAUCAGAUUUCAAGACUUCCGUCGGAGGCCUUGGGAAUCAAAUUGACGCCAUUGUUCGGCGGGUAUUGGAUGGAAGGGUCAUUCGUCCGGCGGACGAGGACUCCAACAACCAGGACAGUAGCGAUGAUACAGCUACGGCACUAACGACGGCAGCAAUGGAAGCCGAAGAACUUUCCGUUUUGGGUCUCACACCGGUAAGAGGACUCCUACUUUAUGGUCCUCCAGGUACUGGAAAGACGCUUCUUGCAAGACAGAUUGCCAAAGCGCUUCGAGCAAGGGCACCCAAAAUUGUUUCUGCUCCGGAGCUACUGGAUCGCUGGGUCGGAGGCAGUGAAAAGUUGGUCCGAGGCUUGUUUGCUGAAGCCGAAGCCGAAUUGGCGGCUUGCAAUGGAGAUGCUACUCGAAGCGCCCUUCAUGUUGUUGUGAUUGACGAAAUUGAUGCUGUCUUCCGCAGACGUAGCGGAGGAGAAGAUUCUGGCGAAGCAACCAGAGCUAGUGUUGUGAAUCAGAUCUUGGCCAAGAUGGAUGGUGUCAAUGUCGUCAACAAUGUUCUCAUUAUUGGGUUGACCAAUCGACGCGAGUUAUUGGAUAGUGCUCUUUUGCGUCCAGGGCGACUGGAAGUCCAAAUUGAGGUACCGCUUCCAGACAGGGAAGGACGACGUGAGAUUCUGCAAAUUCAUUUUGGAGCACUUCGCAACAGGGGACGCUUGAGCAUGCCUCUGUGUGCUGCCAUUGAUGGAGUGGCGAAUCGAAAAUCAACAAUGGAAGGUUCAGCAGUCAAGAGUGAAAGUAGUGAUUCUGAAGAAAUUGGAGGACGAAAGCGCGACAAAUUCAUGGACGCAAUUAAAAGUGUAUGGUAUGAAGCUUCGUCGGCAGUUCGUCCAUCCUAUGACUUGGCCGCAGACUCGGCCACGGGUGGUUUUUCGGGUGCGGAUAUUGCUGGGUUGGUUCGAUGUGCAGGCUCUUUGGCUCUCUCAAGGGCGCGGCGUGAUGGGAAUGGAGUCGAAGGUCUAUUGAUCACCUUGGAGGACGUGAAGUUGGCAUUGGGUGAAGUGAAACCAUGA